CGCUAAGGGCGGGGCUCCGUGUCUCGAGACAGAAUUACCGGCUGCAGGCAGAGAAACUGUGUGUGUGUGAGUGUGUGUGAGUGUGUAUGAGUGUGGGAAUGUACACGGCUCUGCGUGGGAAAAACGGCCUCUGUCUUAACGUCGGGAUGUGAAUUCGACAGCGCGCGCUCUGACAUUGAUUGACAGCUCCGACGCUACGUCUCCGAUACGCGGACUGGUGGAGAGAGUGAGGCUGGCCGGCGUGUGGAGAGACAGGCAGCAUGGCUGAGCCCAGGCGAGACAGCACCAGCAGUCUACAGAGGAAGAAGCCUCCAUGGCUCAAACUGACCAUUCCUACUGCCCAGAUGUCUCUGGACGAGCCGCCCACCUUUGUCCAGCCUAUGAAGAGGCAGGGCUUUCUCCGCAGUGUCAGCAUGCCCGUGGAAACGUCCCACUUCGCAUCGCCGACACAUGAACUCUUUGAUCAUCGGCGACCUCCACUGCAGCACCAGACCUCCAUCACACAGACCAUUAAGAGCAGCAGGAGGGUUCGCUUUGAGCGGAUUAGCACUGUGCCCAUUAAGGGUCACCGUGCUGUGCGGCGUAGUAUGAGGAAGCACCAGUCUCUCUCAAGAACCCUGAUCAGGGGCACAGCAGACUGGUUCGGGGUUAGCAAGGAUGGCGACGCCACACAGAAAUGGCAGAGAAAGAGCCUGCGCCACUGCAGUCUGCGCUAUGGCAAGCUGAAGCCUCAGGUGCUCCGGGAGAUGGAGCUUCCCAGCCAGGACAACAUCUCUUUAACCAGUACAGAGACUCCACCACCUCUCUAUGUACCUACAUCACAGCAUGGCAUACCAAAGAUCGUGGACCCAUUGGCACGCGGUCGGGCCUUCCGCAUGGUGGAGGAAGUGGACGGAUACAGCGUGCCCCAUACUCCCAUCACACCCGGUGCCACCUCUCUCUGCUCCUUCACCAGCUCCCGAUCCGGCCUCAACCGGAUACCUCGCCGACGCAAGCGGGAGUCUGUGGCCAAGAUGAGCUUCAGGGCAGCGGCCGCCCUCGUCAAGGGACGCUCCUUUAGAGAAAGCACCCUGCGACGGGUCCACAGACGCAGCUUCACCCCGGCCAGCUUCAUCGAGGAGGACGUGGUCGACUUUCCUGAUGAGCUGGACACCUCCUUCUUUGCCAGAGACGGACUGAUGCAUGAGGAGAUGUCGACCUUUCAUGACGAAGUGUUUGAGUCUCCUUCCGACUCUACCACCAAGGACGUGGACAGCAAGCAGUUGGACGAAUCAGAGCUGACUGGCAGCGCGCUAGACAAGAACGAGCUCGAGAGGAGUCACUUGAUGCUACCUCUAGAGAGAGGCUGGAGAAAGGCUAAGGAGGGAACCCCUGCUCCGCCCAAAGUCCGACUGAAACAGGAAGUGGUCAGCGUCAGCGGCCAGAGACGAGGGCAACGGAUCGCUGUGCCUGUAAAGAAGCUCUUCGCACGAGAGAAACGGCCGUAUGGGCUUGGCAUGGUGGGCAAGUUGACCAAUCGGACGUACCGCAAACGCAUAGACAGCUACGUUAAAAGGCAGAUAGAGGAUAUGGAUGAUCACAGGCCUUUCUUUACCUACUGGAUCACGUUCGUACACCUACUCAUUACUAUUCUGGCUGUAUGUAUUUAUGGCAUCGCACCCGUGGGCUUCUCUCAGCAUGAGACAGUUGAUUCUGUUUUAAGAAACAAAGGUGUCUAUGAGAAUGUCAAGUACGUGCAGCAAGAGAACUUUUGGAUCGGGCCGAGUUCGGUAUGUUGCUGGUCAAAUGAGGCUCUGAUCCAUCUAGGAGCCAAAUUCUCACCCUGUAUGCGACAGGACCAGGAGGUGCACGAUCAGAUCCAGAAAAAACGUGAGACUGAGCGUAACUCAGCCUGCUGUGUGCGCAACGACCGCUCGGGCUGCCUGCAGACGUCCGAGGAGGAGUGCUCGAGCACACUGGCAGAGUGGGUGAAGUGGCCCCAUCACCCCAGCGCUCCACUGCUGGAUGGCAAACCUCGCAACUAUGGCUCCGUUUGUCAUCAGGACCCCAGGAUUUGUCUGGAGCCGGCCUCUGUAGCGCCUCACGAGUGGCCUGAUGACAUCACCAAGUGGCCGGUCUGCACCAGGUACAACACUGGCAAUCACACUAACCUGCCUCACAUCGACUGUACGAUCACCGGGCGGCCAUGCUGCAUUGGAACUAAAGGAAGGUGUGAGAUCACAUCACGGGAAUACUGUGACUUCAUGAAAGGUUCUUUUCACGAAGAGGCAACACUGUGUUCACAAGUUCACUGUAUGGAUGAUGUUUGUGGCCUGCUCCCUUUCCUCAACCCAGAGAAACCUGACCAGUUCUACCGCUUGUGGCUUUCUCUCUUUUUACAUGCCGGGAUUUUACACUGCCUGGUUUCAGUGAUAUUUCAGAUGACAAUCCUGAGAGAUAUUGAGAAGUUGGCUGGUUGGCUGCGUAUCUCUAUCAUCUACAUCCUGAGUGGCAUCACGGGGAACCUGGCAAGUGCCAUCUUCCUGCCCUACAGAGCAGAGGUGGGUCCAGCCGGCUCGCAGUUUGGCAUUCUGGCGUGCCUUUUUGUGGAGCUCUUUCAGAGCUGGCAGAUCCUCGCACAGCCAUGGCGAGCGUUUGCCAAACUGCUGUGUGUUGUUCUGUUCCUCUUCGCCUUCGGCCUGCUGCCCUGGAUCGACAACUUCGCCCACAUCUGCGGCUUUGUGUCCGGUUUCUUUCUGUCGUUUGCUUUCCUGCCCUACAUCAGUUUUGGCCGCAUGGACAUGUAUCGUAAACGCUGCCAGAUCCUCGUCUCACUCACACUCUUCCUGGGCAUCUUCUCUGGGUUCGUGGUGCUCUUUUAUGUCCAUCCCAUCAAGUGUGAGUGGUGCGAGCUGCUCACCUGCAUUCCCUUGACAGACAAGUUUUGUGAGAAGUAUGACCUGAACGCUCAUCUCCACUGACACGGAGCCGAGGAAGCCGAGGCAGGACGGUGCAGGACAGACGUUGGCUCUUGCUCGGUUCCUUCAGAAGGUGAUGGUGAAGAUCUCGCCUGCUUGCCCUCAGACACGGACGAUGCUCACAUUCUAUGUUUUUUUAUUCUCUUACUGUAAGUGGAAACACCUCUUCUGACCACUCGAGUGAACAUUAAGAAUUUUUUCCUGGCCUGUUGUUUAUUGGUCAUCUGUGAAACAGGGACAGUCGCCCCAACCGUCUAGCUGGGUGUGAGAGCAUGAGCACUGGUACAGCACACAAAACAAUAGAUACUAAUUAGAUGUAUUAUUUUUUACUUUUCAUAUUUUAUCACGCCACGAAUUCAGGCAAAGUUUUAGCGUAGUUCAGAUAACCUCAGAUUUCCAGGGACAUAAAAGAAAAUCGGAACCAUCGGUGCCUUGGUAAAGACUACCAUAUUUUGGUUACGUGUCAAGCACUCAAAUGUUAUUCUUUUAUUUGUGUACUGCUUCAAAUGGAGUAAUGAUGAAAGAUUAUAUUAAGGGUAGUGUUUUAGCUACCCUCUCAUUUACUUGUUACAAAAUACAGCUUGAAAUAAUUCUUCACCUCA